AUGGGGGCUGCCCCCUCUGCGGUGGGGACCUCGGGGCCGGCCGGCCAGGGUGGCACGGUGCACAGCCUGCAGGAGCUGCGGCGCAGCGCGUCCCUGGCCACGAAGGUCUUUGUGCAGCGGGAUUACAGUGACGGGACCACAUGCCAGUUCCAGACAAAGUUUCCCCCUGAGCUGGAGAGCCGGAUUGAGCGGCAACUUUUUGAGGAAACCGUGAAAACCCUAAACGGCUUCUAUGCUGAGGCGGAGAAGAUUGGGGGCAGCUCAUACCUCGAGGGGUGCCUGGCCUGUGCCACUGCCUAUUUCAUCUUUCUCUGCAUGGAGACACAUUAUGAGAAGGUCCUGAAGAAGAUCUCUAAGUACAUCCAGGACCAGAAUGAGAAGAUCUAUGCGCCACGGGGGCUGCUGCUCACUGACCCCCUGGAGCGUGGUAUGAGGGUCAUCGAGAUCUCCAUCUACGAGGACCGGUGCAGCAGCGGCAGCUCCAGCAGUGGCAGCUCCAGCAGCAGCAGCGGUGGUGGCGGCGGCGGGGCGGGGGGGCGGUGA